CUCAUAACACAGGAUCUGCCUCAGUCAGCCUAAUGAUGAGACAUGCUGGUUAAAAGCCGCUGUUUCAUGCUCCAUAAAAGACAUCGGCUCUCAGAAGAAAAAAAUAAAUAAAUAAAUAUAUAAAUAUAUAUCCCACAACAACUGAUUACAUUACAGAGGACACAUAAAAGUCUCCAGUGCACCAGUAAACACAACAAGACGACUCUGCCGAGAUGGGGCAUGCUCUGGAUGAGGAGAAGGAUGACAGGGGCACCGUCUGUGUCAAGUAUCUGCUUUUUCUCUUCAAUUUCUUCUUCUGGGUCGGUGGGGCUGCAGUUAUUGCGAUGGGCGUAUGGACCCUAAUGGAGAAAAGCAGUUACAUUACUUUCCUAGCAAACAGUACCUUAUCGGUGUCGGCAUACAUUCUGCUUUUCGCUGGAGGAGUGGUCAUGAUCACUGGCUUCCUCGGCUGCUGUUCUUUGAUUCGUGAACACAAAACCUGCCUUUUAAUUUAUUUGGCCAUUCUAAUUUCAGUUUACGCAGCAGAGCUUGCGGCCGGCGUGCUCUCCUAUAUGUACUAUGAGACGAUAAGUGAAGAACUUAAAGAAAGCCUCAACGAAACCAUCGUCCACACCUAUGGACAACCUGGGAUGAAGGACAUCACUUACGCCGUUGAUAACCUACAGCAGGAUUUCAGAUGUUGCGGCAGCACAAGUUAUGAAGACUGGAGCUACAGUCUAUACAUCAAUACAGCGCUGUCCGGCGGGUAUAGGAAGGUGCCUGACAGCUGCUGCAAAACCAUGAUCCCAACCUGCGGGGAACGAGACCACCCCUCCAAUAUCUACAAGGUAGAGGGAGGAUGUAUCACUAAACUGGAGGAAUUCAUACAAGAGCAUCUUCUACUCAUUGGAGCUGUUUCUAUAGGCAUCGCCUGCUUUCAGCUGGCCGGAGUGAUGCUGAGCGCCUGCUUCCUGUAUAUCCUCUAUAAGGAAGAAAAGGAGGCCUACAACGCCAUAUAAGCAACCAAAGAACCGCUGCACAUAUCAGUUUUGGGACUCACAGUGACCUAUAAGCACAGUACAAGUAUAAAAAAAAAAAAUACUAAAAAUUGCUUCUCACAGCUGAGUGUUUGUUACAAUGGCAUCAGGCAAUUCUUGUUCAGAGAAACUCAUCAGCCUUACAAAUCUUUCUGGUAGCUUGUUACAGUGUGCCAGUAAGGGAUAACGCAGCCUCUUAAAGGGGUU